AGGUGUUCAUGGCGGGGGGACGGGCCAACUUUGUCCGCUGUACUUUUUGGGACUUCCAGUACUUGGCUCCUCUUACGGACCACAUUCGUUUCGGUGACAACCUCUUUCUCUUGCGAGGAGAAGCUUAUUUCACCGGCUGCAUCCUGAUUUUCAACACCAUCAUCGGCCUUGAUGUGGGCUUUGGCUGCGGAGUGGAGGCAGGCGCG